AUGUCCUCAAAUUUAACAGAAGAGCAGAUCGCUGAAUUUAAAGAGGCUUUUGCGUUGUUCGACAAGGACAACAAUGGUUCUAUCUCCUCCAGUGAAUUGGCCACCGUCAUGAGAUCGUUGGGUCUUUCCCCAAGCGAAGCUGAAGUCGCUGACUUGAUGAACGAAAUCGAUGUCAACGGCAACAACAAGAUCGAGUUCUCGGAGUUCUUGGCUUUGAUGUCCAGACAAUUGAAAUCCAACGACUCCGAACAAGAACUAUUAGAAGCUUUCAAAGUCUUCGACAAGAACGGUGACGGUUUGAUCUCCGCCGCAGAAUUGAAACAUGUCUUGACCUCGAUCGGCGAGAAAUUGACCGACACAGAAGUCGACGAAAUGUUGAGAGAGGUCAGUGAUGGUUCUGGAGAAAUUAAUAUCCAACAAUUCGCUGCUUUACUUUCAAAAUAA